CAUGCGCAGAGACCCAUGUGGUGGUGUGUGCAUGCUAAGCUGAUGCUAACUAAGCUGACGUCUCUCUGUUUCAUUUAAAGAUGGCCACGCUCUAUGUGUCCCCUCACCCUGAUGACUUCAGGAGUCUCCUGGCUCUCAUAGCUGCAGAGUUUUGUCCGUCGUCCCGCCCACGGAUCAUCAAAGAGGACCCGCCUGCAUCCCUGAAAGCCCGCUCAAGGCCAGCUUUAGCGCUGGUUGCUGGGGGCGCCGACUCCGUCCUGAGUGGGAGUAGUGCUGUGUCUUGGUACUUGGCCUGUCAGGCAAAGAGGACUGGUGUCGAUACAAAGCAGCAGAGCCAGGUGUGGCAGUGGCUCAGCUUUGCAGAGAAUGAGCUCAUCCCAGUGUCUUGUGCUGUGGUCUUCCCUUUAAUGGGGGUGAUGGGAGUUGAUAAAAAGCUGCAACAGAGUUCCCGGUCAGAGCUGAUGCGUGUGCUAAAGGUUCUUGAUCAGACGCUUACACUGAGAACGUUCUUGGUGGGAGAAGGCAUUACCCUGGCGGACAUGGCUGUGGCUACAGCUGUUCUCCUACCUUUCAAAUACGCAUUAGAGUCAACAGACAAGAAGGCACUUGUCAAUGUUACCAGAUGGUUCACAACCUGCAUCAAUCAGCCGCAGUUCUUGAAGGUGCUGGGGGAAAUCGGUCUUUGUGAGAAGGUGGCACCCGUAACACCGAAGGCAAAUGUUGUUGGAGAUGCUAAAACGGCUGAUGUCAGUCCGGUUGUGGACUCUGCAGAACCCACAAAUAACGGUCCACCAAAGACGGAGGCACAGCUGAAAAAGGAAGCAAAGAAGAGAGAAAAGCUGGAAAAAUUUCAACAGAAAAAGGACAUGGAGGCAAAGAAAAAGGCACAACCACCUACAGAGAAAAAGGCCAAACCUGAAAAGAAGGAGCUGGGGGUUAUUGCAUACAACAUCCCUACAACCGCUGGAGAGAGAAAAGAUGUUGCCAGUCCACUUCCUGACUCCUACAGUCCUCAGUAUGUGGAGGCUGCCUGGUAUCCAUGGUGGGAGAAGCAGGGCUUCUUCAAACCCGAGUAUGGAAGGAAUCUUAGUGAGCCGAACCCCCGUGGCACCUUCAUGAUGUGCAUCCCCCCUCCCAAUGUGACCGGAUCACUUCAUCUGGGUCACGCCCUCACCAACGCCAUCCAGGACAGUCUCACUAGAUGGCACAGGAUGCGAGGGGAGACCUCCCUGUGGAACCCAGGCUGUGACCACGCUGGCAUUGCCACCCAGGUGGUGGUGGAGAAAAAGUUGAUGAGAGAGAGAGGUUUGAGUCGUCACGAUCUGGGCAGGGAAAACUUCAUCCAGGAAGUCUGGAGAUGGAAGAAUGAGAAGGGAGACCGCAUUUACCAUCAGCUGAAGAAGCUGGGAUCCUCUCUGGACUGGGACAGAGCCUGCUUCACUAUGGACCCUAAACUGUCCUAUGCAGUCCAGGAAGCAUUUAUCCGCAUGCAUGAUGAGGGAGUCAUUUAUAGGAGCAAGAGGCUGGUCAACUGGUCCUGCACACUAAACUCUGCCAUCUCUGAUAUAGAGGUGGAUAAAAAGGAGCUCACUGGCAGGACUCUGCUGCCCGUGCCCGGUUACAAGGAGAAAGUAGAGUUUGGAGUCUUGGUGUCUUUUUCCUACAAGGUGGAUGGAUCAGAUGAGGAGGUGAUUGUGGCCACAACUCGUAUCGAGACUAUGCUGGGAGACUCUGCCGUAGCCGUCCACCCCGCUGACCCAAGAUAUCAGCAUCUUAAGGGAAAGAUGGUUCUGCAUCCCUUCUGCGACAGAAAGAUGCCAGUAGUCUUUGAUGAUUUUGUGGACAUGAGCUUUGGAACAGGUGCUGUCAAAAUCACCCCAGCCCAUGACCAUAAUGAUUACGAGGUCGGAGAAAGGCACAAUUUGGCCUUCAUUAACAUCUUGGAUGAGAAUGGCCUGCUCAUUAAUGUGCCUCCUCCCUUCCUGGGCAUGAAACGUUUCGAGGCGAGAAAAUCAGUCCUUCAGGCCCUCAAGGACAGAGGCCAGUUUAAAGAGAUCAAAGACAACCCCAUGGUUGUCCCAGUUUGCAGUCGUUCCAAAGACAUCGUGGAGCCGCUGCUGAAGCCCCAGUGGUAUGUGAACUGCAGAGAUAUGGGCAAGCAGGCUGCAGACGCCGUCAGAGAGGGCAGGCUUAAAAUCAUCCCCGAUCAUCACCUCAAGACGUGGUUCAACUGGCUGGACAACAUUCGAGACUGGUGCAUCUCUCGACAGCUGUGGUGGGGUCACCGUAUUCCUGCUUACUUCAUCACCGUCAAUGAUCCGUCUGUAAAACCAGGAGAGGACAUGGAUGGUCAUUACUGGGUGAGUGGGAGAUCAGAGGAGGAGGCCAGAGAGAAGGCAGCGAAACGCUUCAAUGUGUCUCCUGAUAAAAUAACACUCAGACAGGACGAGGACGUUCUGGACACUUGGUUCUCAUCAGGCAUUUUCCCCUUCUCUAUAUUUGGAUGGCCUAAUGAGACCCAAGACCUGAACGUGUUCUACCCUGGUACUUUGCUGGAGACGGGCCAUGACAUCCUGUUCUUCUGGGUUGCCCGUAUGGUCAUGAUGGGCCUCAAACUUACAGGCAAGCUGCCCUUUAAAGAGGUUUAUCUCCAUGCAGUGGUGCGGGAUGCUCACGGAAGGAAGAUGAGCAAAUCUCUGGGCAAUGUCAUUGACCCCCUGGAUGUCAUCACAGGGAUCUCUCUAGAGGGACUUCAUGCCCAGCUGAUAGACAGCAACUUGGAUCCAGUGGAGGUGGAGAAAGCAAAGCAGGGCCAGAAGUCAGACUACCCAAAUGGCAUCCCAGAGUGCGGGACAGAUGCUCUCCGGUUUGCCCUGUGCGCCUACACCAGCCAAGGAAGGGAUAUCAACCUGGAUGUUAAUCGUAUCCUGGGUUACCGCCACUUCUGCAACAAACUGUGGAAUGCUGUAAAGUUCGCCAUGAGGACUCUGGGUGACAAGUUUGCACCAUCGGAGAAAGCCCAGUUGUCUGGAGAGGAGAGUGUGUCGGACAGGUGGAUCCUGUCCAGACUUUGUGCUGCUGUCGCCCUCUGUAACGCUGGCUUCAAAGCCUACGACUUCCCAGCCAUCACCACCGCCAUCUACAACUUCUGGCUGUACGAGCUCUGUGACGUGUACCUGGAAAGUAUAAAACCAGUCUUCAGUAAAUCAGAAGAAGAGGGUGCGUGCCAGAGGCUAGCCCUGGUGUGCAGACAGACCCUUUACACCUGUCUAGAGGUCGGCCUCCGCCUUUUGUCUCCCGUGAUGCCAUUCGUCUCUGAAGAACUCUACCAGAGGUUACCACGACGACAACCGCAGAGUGAUCCUCCCAGCAUAUGUGUCACAUCUUACCCAGACACACAGGAGUUCUGCUGGCAGAGCGAUGAGGUUGACCAUGACAUGGAGUUCAUCAUGGCAGUUGUCAAGACCAUCCGGUCACUCAGAGCAGACUACAACCUGACAAAGACCAGAGCUGACUGCUACCUUCAGUGCAGAGACUCUGCAACCGUGUCACUGGUGCAGAAAUACAAUCUGCAGAUCCAGACCUUGUCUUAUUCUCAGGCCGUCAUCCCUCUGACAGCAAACCAGCUCGUCCCAGAAGGCUGCGCUGUGGCUAUUGCAUCUGACAGAUGUACUGUCAACCUUAUGCUCAAGGGUCUCAUUGACAUGGAGAAGGAAGUAACUAAGCUCAUGACAAAGAAAGGUGAUUUGGAGAAACAGAUGGAAAAACUGAGCGAGAAGAUGGCAAAGAGUGACUACAAGGAGAAGGUGCCAGUUAAGGUGCAGGAACAGGAUGCUGAGAAGCUACGGCAGAGCCAGGCUGAACAUGAGAAAGUCAAAGAAGCCAUAGACAAUUUCAGGAAAAUGAUGUAACCUUUGCUUUAGUAUUGUGUAAAUCAGGAUUUAUCCCCCUCCAUGUCAUUGUCAGUAGGGAACGAAGUCAAUAAAGCUCUUUCAACAGACAA